CGACGGUCUUCUCCAUGUCGAAUCCUCUGCUUGGGAUCGUCCGAGCGCUUACCCCGCCUCAGCCUCCGCCGCUCGAGGGCUGGGAAGGCAUCGAAUACAAAUGGAAGUUCUUCCACUUCCGGCCCGCUUUAUUCACCAAUGAGCCCUGGAUACUGCUCGCCGGUUUUCUGUACCUGGCCGUCUUCCUAUGGGGAAAGAGCACUAACCGCCGCAAGGCGGAGUCAUGGUUUCAAGCCCACCUACCUAUCUUCGAAACACAGUUCUCCAAGCCCUCCCGGGAGGGGCUCACCUUCGAUGGAUACUCCGAUGCGUUCAACUACUCGACCGGUCGCCGCUAUUUAACGCGUCUCCACACUGUUUUCACCUUGCGGCCGCGUCAUGAUCUGCUGCAACUCAUAUAUCAGUUCGCAUGGGGCAUGUAUGACCUCGCCUACAGACCCAAGGACGAAAUAUCGCUCGAAUUCGAGUUCCACCCGACGGCCCAGGUGCCCGACUUUGUGUUCGCGAUUGUAGCAAAGGAUGUCCUGUCGUCUAUCAAGGAUGAACGCUGGGAUCUAACUUUCUGCAAAACCACGGAAAAUCCCGCUCUGCCUCCGCAAUUGACGGUGAUGUCAGAAAUCGCGGACGUUACUGCUAACUUGCUCAAACCACUGGGGUCAUUCUCCAUGGUGAAGGCUGUCAGUGACCCGGCGAUCCUCCCUUACUUCCGCUCCCUUUCGAUUACCGACCAACCCGACAAGCACCCUGAGGUGCCUGUGCCUCCGCAGGAUCGCAAGAAACGUUUGAUACUGUCCUUGUCUUCACCCGCACCGGCCAAUGCCGGUGUUACGAAGAGCCUGGUGGAAUCCGUGUUCAGCCUCGUCGACGUGCUCGGAAGCGGAAAAUAUCUCAAUCUCCGCCCGGAGACGAAGACGAAGCUGAAGCAGGCCCGUGACAAGUUUGAUAAGGACCUGAGGGAGGAAGCGGAGAAGGAGAAGAAGGAAGAAGCGGCGGAGGAAAAGGCUGCGCAGAAACGCAAGGCGGAGCAGGAGAGAUUGGCCAAGCUGAGUGCUGCAGAUCAGAAAAAGGCACUGGAGAAGGAACGGAAGAGAACAUUGCGAAAGUCGCAGGGCAAGAUGGUUCGCAAGUGAUCGCUGUCUAUCAUUCUGUACUUGGCAGCCUACCUGUAAAACCUGCCUUUGCAAUAUCUCAUACCGAUACUGCCGA